AUGAAACAAUUUGUGGUUCUUUUUGCGCUGGCUGUGGCCACAGUUAGUGCCAAUAUAAUUGCCAAGCCAGGAUUCCCGGAGGGUCGCAUUAUCAAUGGACAAGAGGCUGAGCCAGGAGCUGCACCCUUCAUUGUCUCACUACAGACCGAAUCGGGUUCACAUUUCUGUGGUGGCUCUAUUAUUAAUGCGAACACUGUUUUAACUGCCGGCCACUGUAUGAUUUACAAUGUUUUUUAUGUUGUGGCCGGUGCCCAUGACUACACAGACCAGACGACAACUCAGAGAGUAAGAGCCUAUCUCUCGAAGUCGAAAGUCCAUGAAAGUUAUGGCGGUGGUGUUGGACCCCACGAUAUUGCCUUGAUCCACCUGGACGAGCCCCUAGAUCUGACGGCUGUUGCUCGUGAUGGUAGCUUGCCAGUAGCUGCCAUCGCUUUGCCAACAUUGCAAUUGCAGGCUAUUGAUGAUGGUGUUCUCUUUGGCUGGGGUCGAGACAAUUCUGGUGCUCUGGCGAAGAAGUUGCAGACUUUGAAUGUCACUGUCUUGGAUUUCCCAACCUGCAAGGCAGAAUUGCCAUCUACCUCUAGCCUGGAUGAGUGUAACAUUUGCACCCACAACGCUGGAACCGCUGAUGGCGCCUGCAAUGGCGAUAGUGGUGGUCCUUUGGUCAGCAUGAAACCCGAUGACACUUAUCAGUUGAUUGGCAUUGUUUCUUGGGGAUAUACACCUUGCGUCACUACUAAGCUGCCUUCGGUUUACACUCGCGUCUCCAAUUAUACGAAAUGGAUUCAAGAGAAUAUUAAGGAAUAAUCAAUUUAACAUUACCAUUUUGCAUAUGAACAAUAAAAUCUAAUUUUU